AUGCGGGAGAGGAAAAAAUUGAAAAGCACUUCGAAGUACAUUUAUCAGACUCUGUUUUUGAAUGGGGAGAACAGCGACAUCAAAAUCUGUGCUCUGGGAGAAGAGUGGAAUUUGCAUAAGAUAUAUUUGCGUCAGUCAGGCUACUUUUCCAGUAUGUUCAGUGGAUCUUGGAAAGAAUCUAGCAUGAACAUCAUAGAGUUGGAGAUUCCUGACCAAAACAUUGAUAUAGAAGCUCUACAGGUGGCUUUUGGCUCGCUGUAUAGAGAUGAUGUGUUAAUAAAACCCAGCCGAGUAGUUGCACUUUUAGCAGCAGCCUGCAUGCUCCAGCUUGAUGGCUUAAUCCAGCAAUGUGGUGAAACAAUGAAGGAAACCAUUAAUGCAAGAACUGUGUGUGGUUAUUAUAAUUCAGCGGGGACGUAUGGGUUAGACUCUGUGAAGAAAAAGUGCCUUGAAUGGCUCUUGAAUAACCUGAUGACUCACCAGAGUGUUGAGCUCUUCAAAGAACUCAGCAUAAACCUCAUGAAACAGCUGAUUAGCUCUUCAAACCUAUUUGUAAUGCAAGUGGAAAUGGACGUGUACACUGCUCUCAAAAAGUGGAUGUUUCUUCAGCUAGUGCCUUCUUGGAAAGGGUCUUUGAAACAACUCUUAACCGAAGCUGAUGCCUGGUUUGCCAAGCGUAGGAAAGAUUUUGAGGAUGACAUUGCGUUCCUGGAAUCAGAACAGGGGAACGCGUUCCUGUCGGUGUUCACACACUUGAGAUUACAGUACAUCAUCAGUGACUUGGCAUCAGCCAGAAUUAUUGAGAGAGAUUCCCUCAUACCCUCAGAAUGGCUGUCCUCUGUUUACAAACAGCAGUGGUUUGCCAUGCUCAGAGCAGAACAGGACAAUGAUAUUGGGCCUCAAGAAAUAAAUAAAGAGGAACUGGAAGGAAACAGCAUGAGGUGUGGUCGAAAACUUGCAAAGGAUGGUGAUUACUGCUGGCGGUGGACUGGGUUCAACUUUGGCUUUGACCUGCUUGUUACUUACACAAAUCGUUACAUCAUUUUCAAACGGAAUACGCUGAAUCAGCCAUGCAGCGGAUCCGUCAGCCUGCAGCCACGGAGAAACAUAGCCUUCAGGUUACGUCUAGCCUCUUUUGAUAGCAGUGGGAAAAUUAUUUGCAGUCGAACGACGGGAUAUCAGAUCCUAACCCUUGAGAAGGACCAGGAGGAGGUAGUAAUGAAUUUGGACAGUAGACUCUUGAUCUUCCCGCUCUAUAUCUGCUGUAACUUCUUGUACACAUCGCCAGAGAAGAAGGCUGACGGUGAGGCGCUGCCAGACAACUCGGAAACCUGA